UAGAGUGAUUCAGGUUUCCGUUAAAAGUGUGGUUAUGUUUACUACUUUGUUUAUUAUCUUCUUCAUUUCUCUAAUCUUUUAAUAAUUAAUUUUUGAAAGUAAUAAAUAUGAGGGAAUUAAUUAGUGUCCUAACGUGUCUUCUUCUAGCAUUGUUCAUAACGACAGGGGAAGCGAUUAGAUGCUUUCAGUGCAGCUCCGGCCAGGAUCCGAAGGACGAAGAUAACUGCGGCGCCUACAAGAAGUUCGAUAAGUCGCAGCACAUCGCCGUCGAUUGCAAUAGCGAGGAGAGCCACAUGCCCGGAUCAUUCUGCAUGAAGGUUACGCAGCAAGGGCCCAUCGGCUUCGUCUGGGAUGGGAGAUGGCGACAGGUGAUUCGGCGGUGUGCCUCGGUUGCCGAAAUGGGUGUCACCGGUGUGUGCAAUUGGGGGGUGUACGAGAAUGGAGAUUAUUGGGAAGAGUGUUACUGUAUAGAAGAUGAGUGUAACGGAAGCGGCCGUCUAAGUUUAAGUCUCAGGAUACUGGUCCCGUUGAUGUUGACGACCAUAUUUGUACAUUACAACAUGUAGAGUAUAAGUAAUUAACGCCCAUAAUGCACAAAAAUUAAUUCGUCAGUAUUUUUUUUUUCAUUUUGCAAGGGAUCCCAUCUGUACAAAAGUGCCUUCUGUGACUGUAAUUUUAGAAGUUUGUAAUCCGUCCAUUUUUAUUUUAGCUUGUAAGAUCUAUUUGUUAUGUACUGUUAAAUGUUUAUAUCUGACAUUUUAUACACAAUUUUAUAUGUAAGUCUA